GGUGGGGGCCCCGACCAAGCCGCCCCCGCCGCCCCCGCCGCAGCUCUAUGGUCUCUCCGUAGAGCUCUGCCGUUUGGGGCAGCUGCUCAGGUCCUGUGGCUGCACCCGCUCCGCGCGGCAGCGACAUGGAGGAAUUCGACUCUGAAGACUUCUCCACCUCGGAGGAGGACGAAGACUACGUGCCGUCGGGUGGAGAGUAUAGUGAAGAUGAUGUAAAUGAAUUAGUGAAGGAAGAUGAAGUGGAUGGUGAAGAGCAGACACAGAAAACCAAAGGGAAAAAAAGAAAGGCUCAGAGCAUUCCGGCCAGGAAGAGAAAACAAGGUGGCCUCUCAUUAGAAGCAGAGGAGGAGGAUGCCAGCGAGGAGUCCGAGGGAAGUAGCAGUGAGCAGGAAGAUGAAGCCGCCGAGCAGGAGGAAGGCACGGGGCCAGAGGAUGCGAGGAAGAAGAAGGAGGAUGAGUUGUGGGCCAGCUUCCUCAACGAUGUAGGACCAAAACCCAAAGUGCCCCCAAGUACACAUGUUAACAGAGGAGAGAAGACUGAAGAGACAAGUUCAAGUAAAUUGUUGGUCAGAGCAGAAGAGCUUGAGAAACCGAAAGAAGCUGAAAAAGUUAAAAUCACUAAGGUGUUUGAUUUUGCUGGUGAAGAAGUCAGGGUGACUAAGGAAGUGGAUGCUACCUCUAAAGAAGCCAAAUCUUUCUUCAAGCAGAAUGAGAAAGAAAAGCCCCCGGCUCCUGUCACUGCAUCUCUGCCGGCACUCCCUGCUGGGUCUGGGUUAAAAAGAUCAAGUGGCAUGAGCAGCCUUUUGGGGAAAAUUGGAGCCAAGAAGCAGAAGAUGAGCACCCUAGAGAAGUCCAAAUUGGACUGGGAGAGCUUCAAGGAGGAAGAGGGCAUUGGUGAAGAACUAGCCAUCCAUAAUCGAGGGAAGGAGGGGUACAUUGAACGGAAGGCUUUUCUAGACCGAGUGGACCACAGGCAGUUUGAACUCGAGCGAGAUCUCAGGCUGAGCAAAAUGAAACCCUGAUGUCAUGGCGGGAAAUCAGUAGCAGCUUAAUCCUGUUGACAAUGUGAGCUUCUGGUGCAUCUGUGAAAUAUUUCUGGUGUUUCUCAUCAGCUGUUUCCCAGCAAGGUCUUUUUUCCACGUUGAAUUUCUGUCUUUGUUUCUUGACCUUACAUGGUUUCAUCCAUUUUACUUUUAAAAGUUUGUCCUUGAAAAAAAUAAAAAUAAAAGUUGGUCCUACAAGAGGCUGGUGAAGAUGACACCACUGGCCUUCCCUUUAUUCUGCUGCGAAGGCCACCGGCCAGGCCCGCACAUCCUGGCCUGCCCGAGCUGGCCCCAAGGAAGAGCACAACCAGCCCGGGGCUGAAUUUCUGGGGCCUGUUCUGGAGUCGGCCUUGUACCCGAGACCGGGGGACGGAGGCUCCCGAGGGUGGGUGGAAUGCCAAGUCCCUGCAGUUUGGUUCUUGUUCUGCUGCUGCUUCUCUCCUGCUCUCUUCUCCCUGCUGAACGGGAUUCCUACUUAACUGGUACAAGGUCAGGCUGAAAGUAAGCAUGUAUUAUUGCUGAAUUAGGGAUUUUUUUUCCCUUCAGCCUUUCUCCUCUUCCCAGAGUUCAAGUCAGUUUAAGAUGUGCUCCCACCUCAGUAAUUCUUUCUGUCAAAGAAAACUCUGAAAGACUCUUUUUUUAUACUCCUUAGGAAAAUUUAAAUUCCAAACUUCAUAGUAAUAAAGCAGUAAAUCCCA